UUGAACGCAGCACAAGUCCUCGCCUCUUUUGUGGCUGAAAAUAGGCCCUAAUACUCUUUGACAGUUGAGUGCGCGUCGUGUCAGGUUGCAGAUUUGCCUGAUUUUACAUGGAGCACCUGCAUUUUUCCAGCGUCGUCUUGCAGGCGACGAGAUCGGCGCAGCGUGGUUUACUUUCACCCAGCACUUCAUUCCUGCAGUAUAUUAAACACAGCUGAGAUUAUCAAGCACUUUUUGGACAGAAACGUAACACUACGUGGUCUGAACAGUUGAUUAAACUACAGUUUUCUUUGAUUUCUAUGCGGCUCAAAGUUAAACUUGCCUGAAGCAGACAUGGAGAAGUUCCUUCAGGUCGCUCCGCACUCUCUGGCUCUGGUCCUGUCGCAGGUUUGCCCAGAAGAAGAUAAAGAGGAUUCAUCAUCACCGGCCGUGCCUCCAGUGAAGUUACAGCAUCACAGCGGCUACGAGGUGUUCGCUCAUUUCAAAGCCGCAAACAUGCAGCAUUUCUGGAACAAGGCGCUGACGCACGCCCUGUCCGAGAUCUUCUUCCUCGGCUGGAUAGAUGAGCGUGUGCUGCUGAUCCAGGGGAAAGAAGUUCAUCUUCAAGUCCUCAGGAACGGAUGGACCAGGCGGACCCUAAAACCACCACAGGGCUUUGACAUCGACUGCAUAGCAUCGCAGGCAAAGUCUCAUCUAUUUCCAUUGUUUAUCGAGAGAGGGCAGGCAUCUCAACAGCUGGCAUCUUCAAAACUCGGCAGCUCACACUGAAACAGUCUAGAAUGGACAGACACCACUUCAGGUAAGUAGUUGCAAAUUUUGCAAUGAAUUGACCCCUUAAAUCACAAAACUGACAAAACUGAAUGAAACUGCAUCAGGGAGGCCUUGCAUAGCUGUGCACCUGGUUACAGGUAUUCUGCACCUUCCUUCAAGAAUGAACUGCUUGACAGACUCAAGUUAGAGGCACUAACGCCUUCUGUUUACUGACAUUUUAGUAGUAAUUGCGGACGUUUUAAUUAAGUGACUGUAUUAGUGAUGACUAUUGCCUUUAGCUCUGGGUUCUCAUUUGUAAAUCUUUAUCUCCAUCUUGAUAAAGCUAAAUGAGCUACCUGAAUAGUUAAGGAAAUUGCUGAUGGUUAGAUUGAUGAAACUGUGUUUAGCGUUCAGCACUCAGAGAUGGAAGUCUCGCAGCUUACUUACAAAGACUUGUGACUUGACUUGGGUGUGCCCUCAAGGACUUGAGACUUGUGUUGAGAUUUGUUUUGUUGUCGUUACUCCACCAGCCAACCAACAAAGAACCAAAAGUAGAGAAAAGAGUUCCUCAAUGCUAGCUCAACAAUUGGACAAUUCUUCUUCAUUUCAUCAGUGCCUUUCAUUGCAGGGUCUUCGUGAGGGUGAUAGGUACAGGAUUUGUAAAAACAUGUCCUACUCUACAAGAUGGCAAAAUCAGGGAUUUAGAUUUGGUUUUAUAAGACUUGAGAUGUGGACUUUUUCUUGAUUGACUCAAGACUUUGGAUGUGUCCCAAGAGACCCUGAAAGCAGUCUGUUACUCCCCUUUUGGUUAGUUUCCAAUGUUUCUCUUUUUUCCCUGCCGCUUCUCAGUGCUUGUCAUAUGUUGACUGUUGUUACAUUUGAUCAUAUGAAUUCCUAUCUGACAGAUUUACUUUGAAUUUGCAUCUCUUCAGAGCUCUGCUGAUUUCAACACCUCUUUAAUAACUGGCUAAUGCUGCUGAUUUGGUCCUUUUUUUGUAAUUAGUAAUUUUUUUUUUUAAUUGAAAUAGUUUUCCCUGAGGUUGCUAUGUGCUGUUGUCUACUCCCUCUGUGACUCAACAGUUCCUCUGGCAGGUUGCAUGAAACUAGUCGAAGCUAGUCUGAUGAGAGCAGUUAAGGCAGCAUCUCACCUUAUAACCUCGGCCUGCUUCAUAUUAUGUAGACUUACUCAUUCACAUAAAAGAGCCAUGACUUAGUUUUUCUCCAGUUCAGCAUUCCCACACUCAUACUCAUCUUCUUCUGACAAGGCUAUAACUCAUGUAUGUGCUGGGACAGGUUCAUAUCACUUGCGGUAUUGUUAACCGUUGCGCCCAUCGUGCAGCCUUUACAACCUUGCCCUCAGCAUGUCAUAGAUCACCUUAUUUAUGUCUUUUUCAUAAUAGAGCCUCAGUUUAGAUUACCGAGUCCAUCGGCGAGCAACAUCAAACUGUGAUAAAUUUCUCAUAUUGAUCAUAGUUUGAAGCUGACAGACACCUUUUACAUUACUAAAUGCACCAGUAAUAUGAGCUUAUGUGGUGCAUCCUUCAGGCAGUUUGAAGGGAUAAAAGUAAAAUACUGUUUAUUUUGUGUUUUAUAAGAGGGGGAAAUAGUAAUACACUAUUAUACACAACAUGAGCUGUCAGGAGAAAGAAGCAGUGGUGCUAUCUCACUCAGCAAAGUCUGUAUGUUUAAAGCUGCAUUCAUCAGUAUUUUUACAUUAAUGGUGGGUCAAAUGAGUACCUUGAAAGGUGUUACUGCCAGUGACAAACCAGACAAUUGUCACCAAAAUGUACCCUUCCUUUCAUUUAAGCAUCUUUCUGCUUGUCGUUUUGUUUUUAGAGCCCACAGCUUUACUGUUUCGGUUUGGCAGCUGUUUUCAGUGAAAAAGUUCUAAUAAGCUGACUAUAUACUGCCUAGCUAGCAAUAAAACAUAUAAAGUUAGCAGCUAGCAGGCAAACAAUGGAUCUGGUUUAGUGGAGCAUGUACAUAAUAUAGUCAAAAGUAUCCAGACACAGCUUAAGGGGUUGGGCUCGGACCCUUACUUCCAGUGAAGGGAAGUCUUAAUGCUUCAGCACACCAAGACAUUUUGGACAAUGCUAUGCUUCCAACUUUGUGGCAGGUUGUUGAAG